GAAACUCUGCUUCUCAAGUGUUCAUUUCCGUGCAGGUUUUUGCUUGAGAAGCGGAGUUUUGGGUGCUUAUAAAUGCCUCUGAGGAGAGCAGUGAUCGUGCCGGGGAACGGCGCAGGGAAUAUUGAGCACUGCAACUGGUACGGAUGGGCAAAGAAACGAAUAAACGAGAUUGCAGAUGUGUGUUGUGUCCUGAAGAACAUGCCGGAUCCUGUAACUGCCAGAGAGAGCAUCUGGCUACCGUUCAUGGAGAAGGAGCUAAAAUGUGAUGAAGAGACGGUCAUCAUCGGACACAGUUCAGGAGCCGCUGCAGCCAUGAGGUAUGCAGAAACGCACAGAGUUUUUGCCAUUAUUCUGGUAGGUGCAUACACAUCAGACCUUGGGGAUGAGAAUGAACGUGCGAGUGGAUAUUUCAGUCGACCAUGGGAAUGGGAGAAGAUCAGAACAAAUGUGAAGUAUAUAAUUCAGUUCGGAUCUACAGAUGACCCCUUCCUGCCCUGGGAAGAACAACAGGAAGUAGCUGAUGGACUAAAGACAGAUUUACAUAAAUACUCGGAUCGUGGGCAUUUCCAGAAUACAGCCUUUCCAGAACUCAUUGACGCAAUAAAAAAAACUCUAAAAUCAGGAGGCUAAAUACAAAACCCUUCAUCCUCUGUGUGUUGUGGCAUAUGUGGAAAUUGUCCAUUUUCAUUUAUUUUCAAUACAAGUAUAAUCAUGUAAUUCCUCAAGUUUUCUUUACAGUAGUACACAGAAUGCCUGUGAAAACUGAAACAGAAAUUAGUACAAAACCAAUGACGUACAGGUAAUGGCACUUACAGCAGUUAAAAACAAAUGGCAUCUAAAACCAACCAAACGUCAAUCUCAGUUCAAGUUAAUACAAUUAUUAUAAAGUCCACAUUGUGAGGGUUUUCUUACUCGUGUACAGAAAAUCUAUACUUUAACAAGGAAGGUUAAGACAUAAAUUCAGGUUCUAAUCAGCUAUAACACCAUAUUAAGGGUCAACAAACAUUUAAUUGAAUUACACGCAUUCUAUUAUUUGGUUGAGAACUGUUUAUCCAAUUCCUUAAGUUAAAUGGAAUUCAUUCAUUUUAAUAGUGGACUGAAAUAAAGCAUUCAUUUUUACUCAA